AUGGAGGGUGACUGCCUCAGCUGCAUGAAGUACCUGAUGUUCAUCUUCAACUUCCUCAUCUUUCUAGGAGGCUCCUUCAUGCUGGCUCUUGGUGUUUGGGUGCUGGUGGACCCGAUGGGCUUCAGAGAAAUUGUGGCAGCCAAGCCCCAUCUGUUCACGGGCGCCUACGUCAUCUUGACCAUCGGCGCAAUGUUGUUCCUGCUGGGCUUCCUGGGCUGCUGUGGAGCCAUACGCGAGAACAAAUGUCUCUUACUUUUUUUCUUCAUGUUCAUCCUUAUCAUCUUCCUGGCUGAGCUGGCAGCUGCCAUACUGGCCUUCUUCUUCAGGGAGCAUUUAACCAGAGAGUAUUUCACUCGGGAGCUAAAGCACCAUUAUCAAGGUUAUAACACCACUGAUGUCUUCACCUCUACAUGGAAUGCCAUCAUGACCACAUUUGACUGUUGUGGAGUAAGCGGCCCUGAGGACUUUGAAGUGAGUCUAUUCAGGUUCGUCAACCCCAAUAAGAUGACGCCUGAUGCCUGUUGCCAGGAGAGCAGCUACCAAGGACACAUGGAGUAUAUCAGCAUGUUGCAGUGUGUUAGUGGAAGCCCUGCCUUUCAGAACAACAAGGGCUGUUACUCUGCAAUGAUGGAUUCCUUUGAGACAUACCUUUACACAGCAGGAGCAUUCGCCAUUGUGGUGUUGACGAUCGAGCUCUUCGCCAUGGUGUUUGCAUUGUGUUUAUAUUGCGGCAUCCGAUAGUGCACAGAGACCCAAGUGCACAGCAAACACGACAAGGCCACAGGCUGAUGAAGGAAGAAACAAUUGUAAAAUAUCCAUUCAUUCAUUUUCAAAACUGCGUACCCCGUUCAGGGUCAUGGGGAGUGCCGGAGCCUAUGCUAGCUGACAUCGGGCGAAAGGCAGACUACACCCCGAACUGUUCGCCAGCCAAUCAGAGGCCACACACUCACACCUACAUGCACACCGCCACUGAACGGGAAUCGAUCCCAUGCUGCCUGCACACAAGUCAGGCGUGUGUUCAGCAACAUACAGUAAAAUUUGACAUGUGUUUAUCCAGUGAUUUUCCGUGUGUCUCAGCGAUUUUGUGACGUCAUUUUGUAGUUGACAAGUAGAGGCUUAGAGCACAGGAAGUAGUAGGUAACUGUCCGCACAUUUUACUGUAAAGUAAUGCUUAACUUUUAUGCCUCAACUUUGGAACGUAAUGUGAAUUGCAGAUGUGAUUCAAAUCAGUGAAAUGACAAAGGUCCAGGAGGACGUUUUGCCUGGAUACAAACCCACACAGACUGGCUCAUGGACCUCAGUUUACCACUGGUGGUGUUUUUAGCACAACGCACUUAACACUUAUACAGUAUAUGGCUUACAAGAAUGUUCUGUGAUAAACAUAACGUUUUUGAGGGAUGACAGGCAAUGUAGGUGGUUCACUGUCUCUGUCAUUCUAUUGCUGCACAUUGAAACCGCGUCUAAUUUAAACUUUUCAUUUUUGUUGAUAUUUCACACCGACUCAGAUCAAAAGCAUGUUU